CGUUAUCUGGUAAUGCCUGUUACCAUUCAUUUGAAUCACGUGUGUUGGGGCAGGGUUGGGGCAGGGUCAACAUCUGAAACGUGCAGGACAGGGGGUCCCUGAGGACCAGGGUUGAAGACCUCGGAGUUGAUGUAUUAAUCUGUGUCUUUGCUACAGAUAGGCACGUCAACAUGACCGGUUCCAGCCACAAUCUUACCGUUGUGAGACCGACAGGCGCACUUGGCUGCCUUCUGAAGCACGCGGGUGCAAAUAAGAAUGUGUACACCAGGAAGGAGGUGAUCUUCUACCUGGGCCAGUACAUCUUUCAGAAAAAGCUGUACGACCAGAAGCAGCAGCACAUUGUCAACUUAGGCGGUGAUCCUCUGGGGGCCGUGCUGGGGAUCGACACGUUCUCUGUGAAGGAGCCACUACGUUUCCUCUCCAGGCUGAGCCAAAAUCUUGUUCCUGUGUUAAACCCAGGAGGGGAAUCCACCGGUCAUUGGAGAGGAAGGGGGCCAGGUUCGGCCAAAGAGGAAGAGGAGGAAGGGUGCGUCCACGGCACCACUGUGAGUCCUGACCUUUUAACCCCAGAGCCUUGCAUCCAUGGAUACAUGUUGACAUCUCGGUACACAGUUUGUAAGUCACUUUGGAGAAUGUGUGUUACGUAUAGAAAAUCUGCAUAUCAAUAUGUGUGGGUGUGGGUGUGGGUGUGUGUGUGUGUCUGCAGGCCGACCUACCCGCCAGCUUACUGGACCCUUGCUUCAUGUGUCAGAGCCGUCCCAAGAACGGAUGCAUCGUGCACGGGGCCACCAUCCACCUCAUUUCCUGCUAUCGAUGCGCUCGCAAGCUGCAGAGGGGCAACAAGCAGUGUCCAGUCUGCAGGGAGCCUAUGGAGGCUGUGCUGCUCCUGAUUGUCUCGUAGUGCCAUGUUAGUGUCUAAUAAAUAUAAAUAUAUGAACCUUGUCCUAUUUGUAUGUUACUUCUUGUUCAUCACUUACCUUGUGUGUUACUUACCUGCGUUGGCGUUCAUAGUUUCAGGACAUCCCAACAGGUAACAACGAUGACAAGGGCUCCUGGUCCUUUUUUAAAUGUGGUUCCUGUUGAUUUUCUUCUGCAUUCCAACCUAGAGAACCAAAGAUUAGAUUAGAUUCAACUUUAUUGUCCUUACACAAGUACAGGUACAA